AUGGGCAGUCCGAGAGACACGGUCUUCCAGAUUGUCUUCUCGCUAGCCCUUGGAAUUGGAGCCUUCCUCACUUUUUGUGUAUUACGACCACGAUGGGCAGGACUCUACGCUGCCCGGAAGAAGACCAAGGACGAGGCGACUGUGCUACCGGAGCUGCCGAACACUUUGUUUGGCUGGAUACUGCCGCUAUGGAGGAUCACGGACCAGCAACUGCUCGCUUCCGCAGGCCUGGAUGCAUAUGUCUUCCUCGCGUUCUUCAAGCUGGCCAUGAAGUUCCUGUUCGCGACCCUGCUCUUUUCAUUGAUCGUCAUCAAGCCCGUACACGAUGCGUAUCCCGAGGAAGAUGACGAUGGAAAGGGCAAGCACAACAAGACCCAUCACGACGCAGACCUCUUCCGCCAACCGGGUCUUCGCAGAUCUACAGGCUUCGACUGGGUGCCAAAGAACGGAACGGAAUACCCGUGGGACCCAAGGAACUUCGAGACGGAUUAUCUGUGGAUGUAUCUGGCUUUCGCAUACUUGUUCUCAGCAAUCGCCGUCUACUUGAUCUAUUCAGAAACGAGGACGGUCAUUGAGGUGCGUCAAGAAUACUUGGGAACACAGACCACAGUCACCGAUCGAACGCUGCGGCUUUCAGGGAUCCCUCAAACUUUGCAAGACGAGCAGAAGGUCAAAGACUUUAUCGAAGAGCUGGAUAUUGGCAAGGUGGAAACUGUUGUGCUUUGCAGGAAUUGGAAAGAGCUUGAUGAUGCAAUGGCUGAGCGUACGGACAUCAUGCGGCGACUUGAGGAAGCUUACACGAUCCAUCUGGGUCGUCGGCGGUCCGAAAGGGACACAGAAACUCUGCCGAUCGUACAGCCUGCGCCGUCGGGUCCCGAGGGCGAAAGCCUGUUGGAUGCGGAUGAGAACGGAACACCGGCUGACGAUGCCGCUGUGCCCGUCAGGCCAUUCUCGCGGUUCAGACCCCAAGCCACCAUCAGAUCUGGCUGGCUGGGACUGCGAAGGCACACCGUCGACGCCAUCGAUUACUACGAAGAAAAGCUCAGUGAGGCCGACGAGAAGAUCAAGCAACUGCGAAAGAAGGAUUUCCCACCAACGCCGCUCGCAUUUGUCACCAUGGACUCGGUCGCAGCAUGUCAAAUGGCCAUCCAAGCUGUGUUGGACCCUUCGCCUUUGCAGCUUAUUGCGAACCAGAGCCCCGAACCUUCCGAUGUGAUUUGGCCUAACACGUAUCUUUCGCGGACGAGUCGCAUGGUACGUUCAUGGUCUGUGACAGUGCUGAUCGUGCUGCUCACGGUGUUCUGGUCCAUCAUCCUGUUGCCCAUUGCUGGUCUCUUCAACGUGAAGACGAUCAGAAGAGUCUUACCCGGACUAGGGGAUAUUCUCGAGGAACACGGCAAUCUCGAAACGAUUGUAACAUCUCAAAUACCAGUCCUCCUGGCGUCUCUGCUCAUGGUCUUGGUUCCUUACCUAUACAACUGGCUCUCAUGGUACCAAGGACAGAUAUCGCGCGGAGACAUCGAGCUCUCCACUAUCUCGAAGAAUUUCUUCUUCACCUUUUUCAACUUCUUCAUCGUUUUGACGGUGCUCGGUACGGGAUCGAACUUCUACCAAUUCUUCGAGAACUUCGGCGAUGCUAUUCGGGACUUCCAGAGGAUCGCCUAUACACUGGCGCUGUCCUUGCAGGGGAUGCUCAAAUUCUACGUCAACUUCAUCAUACUUCAAGGAGUGGGCUUGUUCCCUUUCCGUAUGCUUGAAGUCGGCAGUGUAUCGCUCUAUCCUGUCAUGCUGAUGGGCGCCAAAACACCGCGAGACUACGCCGAGCUGGUCCAGCCACCGGUCUUCAGCUACGGCUUCUAUCUCCCUGGAGCCUUACUCAUAUUCAUAAUCUGCAUGGUGUACAGUGUGCUUCGAUCAUCUUGGCAGGUAUUGUUGGCUGGCUGGCUAUACUUCGCAAUGGGUCACUUUGUCUACAAGUACCAGCUCUUGUACGCCAUGGACCACCGGCAACAAGCAUCAGGCCGUGCCUGGGGCAUGAUCUGCGAUCGCAUCUUCGUCGGUCUAAUCUGCUUCCAAGUCACGACUGCCGGACAGCUCCUCCUGAAGCAGGCUGUGUAUCGGGGUGCAAUGAUGAUCCCGCUCAUCAUCGCCACAAUCUGGAUCCAGAUCUGGUAUGGUAGGACCUACAAGCCGCUCAUGAAGUUCAUCGCUUUUACCGCAGCUUUGGAACGUAAUGUGUGGGCGGACAACAAUGACGCUUCUCAACAGCCUGGAGCAAGCCGGCGACCUCGACGACAGAACUGGCGAGAGAACGGCGAUAUCAGAGAGCGCAAUUUGCCGUUCAUUAAUCCUAGCCUUGUGGCGCCGCUUGGCAAGAUUUGGAUUGCAGAUGGGAAUGACAGAGAGGGCGCGGCGUUGGUCAGUCCCGCUGAGAUUGAGAAUGGGGAGAGCAACGUUUGA